AUGGCUAUGGGGAAGAUUCGGACCAGUAAGAGGUCAUCCGGCACUUCUUACACCUCCACAGUAACCACCGUAGUGUUCGUUUCGUUAUGUGUUUUGGGCGUGUGGAUGCUCACUUCAAACAACGUCGUGCCCCCACAGACUACCACCGCCAUCUCCACCGACGCAGACGCCGACUCCGGCUUGACCACCACUAAUGCCGAUUACUCUAACAAAGAUUCGAAUCAGGCCGGAGAUGGCGGGUCGGAGAAAGCCCACCCGGUUUUUGAAGACAAUCCGGGGCUCCUCCCAGAGGAUGCGAUUAGAAACGACGAUCAAUCCCACCCGAAGGAAACCGGCGGCGGGGAGGGUUCUAAGGAAGAACAAGAGCGGGUGGCGGAAGAGAAUUUGAAGAAGGCGGUGCACUUGGCGAGUUCGGAGGAGAGGACGAAGGAAGCGGAGAGUAAUAAUAUCAAAGAUGACCAGCCAGAGAGCGGGAAACAACAGCCUGAACAAGAAAACAACGCCCAGUCUUUACUAAAGAAGGCCGAAUCUGUUUUUGAGGAUCAGAUCCCGCAACCAGGGUUACAGGUGAAAGACCAAGUGGAGUUGGAACAAGCAAAACCAGAGACGACGACGACAUCCCAGCUGGAGAACUCCGAAAGCAUUAAUGCUGAUCAGUCAUCGAAGCAAGAGGAAGCCCAAAAUGCAGAAGGGGAUCACAGCAGCAUGAAGGAGCAACAAGAAUCAAUAUUAAUGCAAGAUCAGCAACAACAAAAGGAAGAAGAAAAACCAAAGCCAGAAGAUGAAAAGCCGGAUCAACAGCAGACGACGGUGCAGCAAGAGAAUAACAUUCACGAGGGAACGAGCCAAGAUCAAGUGGAACAUGAUGAAGCAUUACCAGCAGAACCCAAUGCCUCAUCGUCAAACGCAGAUCAACAAAUGCCUCAAGAAACAGCAACGACAACCCAAUCCCAACCUGAUCAGAAAACGGUAACAGAAGGCGAAACUCAGCCCAAGAAGCGGCGACAUAAGCAUGGGGGAAAGAACAAGGAGGACAUUAAGCAGACGAAAGAAAAGGUGGCUUCUUCUUCAAGUUCGGACGAUUCAUCAGCGCUCUUAGGAGGGGAGAAUUCGGGGAUACCCAAGGAGUCGAAGGAAUCGAAGAAGUCGUGGGCAACUCAGGCGGACCAAUCGGAGAAUGAGAAGGAAAGGCGAAAGAGCGGGCCGGAAAGUGGAGAUGGGAGAAUAUAUGGGUACACAUGGAAGCUGUGCAAUGUAACUGCAGGCCCGGACUACAUUCCUUGUUUGGACAACGAGAAAGCUGUGAGGCAAUUGCACUCCACAAGGCACUUUGAGCACCGGGAGAGGCACUGCCCGGACCCACCGCCCACCUGCCUAGUCCCCCUCCCGCAAGGUUACAAGAAGCCUGUUGAAUGGCCCAGAAGCAGAGAACAGAUAUGGUAUCACAAUGUGCCUCACACGAAGCUAGCAGAGGUCAAAGGGCACCAAAACUGGGUGAAGGUAACCGGGGAGUUUCUCACUUUUCCCGGCGGUGGCACCCAAUUCAUCCACGGCGCCCUACACUAUAUCGAUUUCAUUCAAGAGUCAGUGCCGGAGAUUGCAUGGGGGAAGCAUACUAGAGUGAUACUGGACGUCGGCUGUGGGGUUGCAAGCUUUGGGGGUUAUCUCUUUGAGAAAGAUGUUCUGGCAAUGUCCUUCGCACCCAAAGAUGAACACGAAGCUCAAGUUCAAUUCGCGCUUGAGAGAGGCAUACCUGCAAUUUCAGCCGUUAUGGGCUCUCAGAGACUGCCGUUUCCGAGCAGGGUAUUCGAUCUCCUCCACUGUGCUCGCUGCAGAGUUCCUUGGCACGCAGAAGGUGGUUCUCUCCUUUUGGAAUUAAACCGAGUUCUACGACCUGGGGGAUACUUCGUUUGGUCAGCCACACCUGUGUACCAGACACUUGAAGAAGAUGUGGAGAUCUGGAAGGAGAUGUCUGCUUUAACUAAGUCCAUGUGUUGGGAGCUUGUUACCAUCAAGAAGGAUAAGCUAAACUCCGUUGGCGCUGCCAUCUACCACAAACCAGUCUCCAAUGAAUGUUACGAACAAAGGAAGCAAAACCAGCCUCCAAUGUGUAAAAAUGAAGAUGAUCCAAAUGCCGCCUGGUAUGUGCCUCUGCAGUCGUGCAUGCACCGUGUGCCGGAGGGUGAAGCUGAGAGAGGAUCCCAGUGGCCGGAGGAAUGGCCGCUUCGGCUGCAGACACCCCCAUAUUGGCUGAACAAAUCCCAGAUGGGAAUUUACGGGAAGCCGGCUCCCGAGGAUUUCACGGCGGACUGUGAGCAUUGGAAGAAGGUGGUGAGCAAGACUUAUCUCAACGGAUUAGGCAUUAGUUGGGGCAACGUGAGGAAUGUCAUGGACAUGAGAGCCGUCUAUGGAGGGUUUGCGACGGCCAUGAGGGAAGCAAUUAACAAGGUCUGGGUUCUAAAUGUGGUGAACGUAGACUCCCCUGAUACACUGCCCAUAAUCUACGAGAGGGGUCUCUUUGGAAUCUAUCAUGAUUGGUGUGAAUCCUUCAGCACCUAUCCUCGCUCGUACGAUCUGCUGCAUGCUGAUCAUCUCUUUUCCAGGCUCAAGAAGAGGUGCAAAAUUCCUCCGGUGAUGGCGGAGAUCGAUAGAAUAGUGAGGCCCGGGGGUAAGUUAAUUGUCCGUGAUGAAUCCGCAGCCAUCGGGGAAGUGGAGAACUUGUUGAAGUCCUUGCGAUGGGAGGUUCAUUUGACCUUCUCCAAGAACCAAGAAGGCAUACUCUCUGCUCAGAAAUCUGAUUGGCGGCCUGAUGAGUAUGCUGCUGCUCCUUCUUGA